AUCGGGCAGCCCAAACCAGCUCACCAGCUCACCUCUUCUCCCCCACUAUCGUCAUAGCUGUCUCGUGCAUCUACCUUCCUAUCCGUCUCUGCCCUCUCAUUUCUCGCCCACUCACACACGGCAACUUGCAACUCCUGACCGUCUCCCAGCUGGGCGGAUUAGCUGCAGAGAGCCAUCCGUCCGUCGUCCCGUCUCGCGCCACUGUACGUCAGGCUCUGUUCCCCGUCGCGUGAACCAGGUCCGUCGGUCCGUCGGUCGUCGUUCCGCCCCGCCCCUCCCCUCAACACCAACAAGAGUGCAUCGUCACCGACUCGCUUCGUCGCUCGCACCCCCCCGAGCAAGGCACCCUUACUGACACCUUAUCAAGUCGCCGACCCGCUACAGGAAACACAUCCCCAACAUCAAACGCAACUAAAGACCAAAAUGUCGACCAAGCGCAUCACCAAGGAAUUCGCCGAAGCCUCCCAAUCCCCUCCCCCCAACUUCUCCAUCUCCCUCCCCCCCUCGCAGUCCCUCCACACCUGGCACGUCGUCGUCUCCCCUCCCCCGCCCUCCCCCUACCACCCGGGCCGCUUCGCCCUCCUCCUCACCCUCCCCGCCGACUACCCCUUCAAGCCGCCCCAGCUCCGCUUCGCCACCCGCAUCUACCACCCCAACGUCACAAACGACUCCCUCGGCAACGUCUGCCUCGCCGUCCUCAAGCCCGACCAGUGGAAGCCCUCCACCAAGAUCGCCGCCGUCCUCGACGCCGUCCGCAACCUCCUCCUCGAGCCACAGCCCGACGACCCUCUCGAGGACCGCAUCGCCGACGAGUUCCGCAACGACAGGGACGCCUUUGACAGGAACGCCAGGCUGCAUACCCAAAAGUACGCCAUGGGCGGCGAGCCCGUCUUUCCGCCCGCGCCCUGAUGAUGGGAGUGGGAAAUCCAUCACGACCACCCCCCAUUACUACCACCACCACCACCACCACCACUACUACUACUACUACGCACCGGGAUAUAUCAUCUUCUCGGCUGGGAACUGAGGGCUCGGCGUUUUGGGUCGUGGAGCUGGUGUGCCGUCGGAUCGGCACAGAUGAGAAGCUCUCGCUAGGAACGCAGCCUUGGCUGUAGACGCUCGCUCAACACGAGCCAGGUCGGAAAGACCCGGACGGUCGCCGUGGGCUGAACGCUCUCAACGCUCUCUCUACAGGGAAUAUUUGCAAGGGCCGACUACUUUGGACGUGGACGUUCUACAUAGAAAGCUUGCUUACGAGGGUCAACGUCUCUCAAUGCUCUUCACAGGGUCAUGGUUGAAGGCGGCGACGCCCAUCGAUAGACGAGGUUUCCGCACCGUGGCACGCCAGUCACAGAUACAUGCGCAUGUGGUGUCGUGGGCAUCAACCUACUAGCUGAGCACAGCACGUAAUUGAACAUUUGUCUCCUCCCU